AUGAUUAUUCGGUUCCGCGGCAAGACGGGUAUGUACCGGGUGGAUGUGGACGAUUCAGACACAUUCAAAAGCGCGGUCGAAAAACUCAAGUUUCAGUUACCUGCUCAUUCGGACUUGAAGAUUGCUUUGGCGCCCAAUGCCCCGGGAGAGGGUGAGAGCGAGCAAUGGCUCUCCAGCUUAUCCCAGCUUGGGGUACGCCACGGAGAUCUGUUCUUUUUGACUUAUGGAAUUGAAACGAGCAACGAUUCAGAGCAUUCGAUUUCAUCUCCUCGUCAAAAUGAUGUUGCUGUUGAUGCCGUUGAUACCUUGCUCGAUGGACAAGAUGGCAAAAUUCCUCGACAGCGAAGCCGGCUUUGCAACCAUGGUUUAAAGGGUAUGUGCGAGUAUUGCCAACCAUUAGAGCCCUAUGAUGAGGAGUAUAGGCUCGAGAAUAACAUCAAGCACCUUUCAUUUCACUCUUACAUCCGAAAGCUCAAGUCCGAAUCCUCCAUUAAAAAUGUUUUGACAGAACCAGACUACACAGUGAACAAGAAUUGCUCGGGUGGCCAUCUGCCAUGGCCAGCAGGAAUUUGUUCAAAAUGUCAACCGGCGGCCAUUUCUUUACAACAGCAAAGGUUCCGCAUGGUUGAUCAUCUUGAAUUUGAUAACUCGACGAUUAUGGAGCGAUUCAUAGAAUACUGGCGGCAAACGAACACCCAAAGAUUUGGAAUACUUAUUGGAAACUAUGUUCAACAUGAUCAGGUGCCUCUUGGAAUUAAGGCCGUGGUUCACGCCAUUUAUGAGCCUCCUCAAAGUGACGAGUUUGAUGGAAUUUCUUUCAAUGAGGAAAUGAAUGUGGCAGCAAUUAAAGCGGCCAAUGCACUAAAUAUGCACGUUGUUGGUAUCCUAUUCACUGAUUUAGUGGACUCGGGUAAAAAGGAUGGGUCAGUGCUUUGCAAGAGACAUUCAAAAUCAUAUUUCUUGUCUUCGCUUGAGGUCGUCUUAGCGGCUCGUUCUCAGUUGGCCUACCCAUCACGCACAAAGUACAGUGACUCAGGCGUCUUUUCUUCCAAACUAGUCACUUGUGUUGUUUCCGGUAACGAGCUCGGAGAGAUUGCAAUCUCGUGUUACCAAGUCUCUGUACAGACUGAAGCUAUGGUACGCGCGGAUAUAGUUGCACCAAGCACUAAUCCUUCUGUUCUUAAAGUUCGUGAAGCAACUCAUGAAAGGUAUGUGCCGGAGAUCUUUUACAAGCACUCAAAUGAGUAUAAUAUAACUGUACAAGAGAACGCGAAGCCCGCAUUCCCAGUCGACUAUGCGUUAGUAUCUGUCUCGCACGGUUUUAAGGAUGCGACAAACGGAGGUUUAUUGAAUAACUUUGCUAUUGAGAACAGACCUUCUCUCAAAACCCCGUCUGCGACCCAACUGGCAGCUCAACUAGAGUUGGAAAGCGGUAUAAACGUGAUCAACCUCCUCGACUUUCAUCUGCUGUAUUUCUUGUUCGAUUUGAAGGUACUCAGUGAUGAAGAUGAGCGAUUGCUUUGUAGGUUAUUGAAAGCUGAGCAGGAAGACCUUGCAUCACCGGUGACACAGGAACUUGCUUCAAUGUUUGCAACAUGUCCAGGAAUAGGAACGCUGCGUGUACUGGCCCAAUAA